AUGUCGUUUGAACGGCGAAAAAUAGCCAGUUUAAAAAGGAGUUCUGACGAAAAUUAUUUUGACAGAUAUACAGGGAUUCUUCAUAGUAUUAACUCAAAAGACUCUACAAUAUCACUUCAGAAUGUUCGUUCUUAUGGAACAGAAGGCCGUAGAGGAAAUCCGAAGGAAGAAAUUCCACCAUCAGACAAUAUUUUUGAAUAUAUUGUUUUUCGUGGCUCAGAUGUUAAAGACCUGAGAAUUGAUGAACCGGCCCCACCUAAAACUGUUCUUCAGAUACCAAACGAUCCUGCUAUACUUAGGACAACUGCACCCCCGUCACUUCAAUCACGUCAAGGAUAUUCUUUUUCUAACGAACAUUACCCAAAUACCCAAAGAUAUUCUUCUUAUCAAGGAUACGAUAUGCCUUCAGGUCUUCAGACAGGAACAUCUAUGGCAUCUUAUUACGAUAAUGUUAGCAAUAUUUCUGAACAUUCAAUUAAUCCGAAUCAUUCUUCUAAUCAAUCUUUGCAAAUGCCGAUAUCUCAAACUUCUUCUGCAGCAAUGAAUACACGGUUAUGUUCUCUCCCAGCAACACAAUCUAGUGUAGAAAUCAAUGCCAGUCAUUUGUCAGCUAAAUUACCUAAAAAAGAAUCUAUAGCUCCUGCUAUGCCUCUACCAACACGAUUAAGAAGUUCAGUUGCACAUGAUACAAGUUCUAAGAAAAACGGAAUGCUAAAUCACAAAAAUAUAACGUCAUUUGCUGGUUCACCUAAAGCUCAAUCUACAUCUACUGUUUCUACGAUGAAUAAUGAAAUAUUUUCUGAUAUUCAGAACAUAACAGACAAGAUAUCAAAAUUGGAUACAGAAUCACAAAAUAAUCAAUUAUCAAAUACAGGCACUCAUUUAACACAUCGUUAUGGAAAACGACGUGAUAAUGGACAUACGCAUGUUCGUAAGCCGUCAAAAGUAAUCAAUAUACCAAAGGAAGAGUUUGAUUUUACACAUUGGAAUUCUAAAUUCAACAAAGAAGAGUUAAUAAAGCUCUCAAACGAUCGGGAAACUAAUGAUACAAACAAUCCAGUUGUUUGUCAUAAAGAGAGUUACUAUGACAGCAAGAGGUCUUUCUUUGAUAAUAUAUCCUGCGAAAAUAAAGAACGUAUUGAAAAUAAAGAAAAAGAAAAUAGUAGAGCAAGACGUGAUCAAGAAAGAAAUCAAAAUAUGGAAACAUUUGGGCAGUUUCAAUUACCAGGAGCAAGAAAAUACGGAAAAGGACGUGGAAAAGGAAGAGGUGGAUUACGCGGGAAAUACCAGGGUCCUAGAAGUAGAAACGUUCGCAGAGAUCAGGAUACAACUAAUGGAGAAUCAACGCAACCAAUACAAGUAUAA